UAGGAACACGGGAAGAUCCGCGCAGUUGUCAUGGAAUGUCGGAGUGACACAUCUUGCAGCGAUAGUAACUCUUUGGAAAGUCAGCCCGGAAGUCUCGGUAGGCGACGAUGAUGCGGUAAAACAAGUUAGUCUUUUGAGGGCGAGUUUCCUGUCCUACCGCAGGAAUGCCGGGUGGAGAUUAUGGGGAGCUCGGGGGGAACCUCCCCGCCAUCGCCUCCUUGAACGCUUCCUACUCCACGUCCCUGUCUCUCCCGUCCCCGUACCUGCUGGUUCCUCCUGCAGAGCGAAAAGCUAUCUCCGACGUCCGACGCACCUUCUGUCUCUUUGUGACGUUUGACCUCCUCUUCAUCUCUCUUCUGUGGAUCAUUGAGCUGAAUAUCUCCAGCUCAAUCUGGGCCAGCUUAGAAAAAGAGGUUGUCCAAUAUAACUACCGGUCUUCCUUCUUCGACAUCUUUCUUCUCGCUGUGUUUCGCUUCCUCUGUCUACAAGUGGGUUACGCUGCUUUUCGGUUAAAGCACUGGUGGGUUAUUGCGAUUACCACUCUGGUGACCAGCGUCUUCCUUGUUGUGAAGGUCAUCGUAUCCAAUCUCCUUUCCCAGAAUGCCUUUGGCUACGUGCUUCCAAUCACUUCCUUCGUGGUGGCCUGGCUGGAGACCUGGUUCCUGGACUUUAAGGUUCUCCCUCAGGAGGCUGAUGAUGAGAGAGCUUACCUCGCGGUGGUGAACGCAGCCUGCGAACGAGCCCCCAUGAUCUACCCGCGAGCUGUUUCAGACGGACAGUUCUACUCUCCUCCUGAGUCCCUGGCAGGCUCUGAGGAGGAUCUGGAUGAGGAGGGGCUUGGACGCAGAGCCGUCACUGCUCAGGAGAAGGAGUUUGUCCGACAGGGUCGUGAGGCUAUGUCUGUGGUAGAACAGAUCCUCGCUCAGGAGGACAACUGGAAGUUUGAGAAAAACAAUGACAUGGGGGACUCUGUCUACACUCUGGAGAUUCCCUUCCAUGGAAAGACUUUCAUUCUCAAGGCCUUGAUGCAGUGUUCAGCUGAGCUUGUGUAUCAGGAAGUGAUUCUGCAGCCAGAGAAGAUGGUCCAGUGGAACAGAACUGUCUCUGGCUGCCAGAUCCUUCAAAGAGUAGACGACAACACUCUGGUGUCGUACGACGUCUCUGCUGGAGCAGCUGGAGGAGUCGUGUCUGCCCGGGAUUUUGUUAAUGUUCGGCGAGUGGAACGCAAACGGGACUGCUACCUGUCUGCUGGCAUGGCAACCGACCAUGACGCCAAACCUCCGUGUGGUCGCUAUGUCAGGGGAGAGAACGGUCCAGGAGGAUUUGUAGUACUCAAAUCCAUCAACAACCCGUCAAUCUGCACCUUCAUCUGGGUCCUCAACACGGACUUAAAGGGCCGACUUCCUCGCUACCUCAUCCACCAGAGUCUGGCUGCCACCAUGUUUGAAUUCAUGACUCAUUUACGCCAACGGAUCUGUGAGCUGCGGCCUUCCCUCCGCUCCCACCACCACAUUUGACAGGAGGGACGUCCAGUCAGGUUUUUCCGUUUUUAUCUAAACCCGGAAAAAGGGUGUAGCAGGACCCAUGUGACGCUUCUGAGCUGGAGGGAUGAGCUAACUGUAGCCGAGCGGACUACAUUUUGUUCACGCACUGGGAGACUUGUGACCAUACAUUUGCAGUCACAGAAGAAGAGGAGUAAUUCGGUUUUCGGAGACGAUUGAUGAUUUUACGUGGACCUGUAAUUGUUUUGCUGUGUCCCUCAGCAUGCAAUGAGAACCAUAGAUCCUGAUCACGCCAGCUCAUUUGUUGCUGGGUAGCCACGACUGAAACGAGAAAAGGUGAAUGAAGAUGGAAGUGAUUCUCGGGUGGGCAUUUGUCUCACUUCGUACAGAAGCAGCUGUCUCUCUGAGCCUUAUCAUACCGCAUUCUUUGUACGCCUUUGUGUUCUCUGCUUUUGUUCUUUGGGGUUUUCUUUUGUUUUGUGCCUUUUUUGUUUCGUUUUUUCUCAAAUAUGCCUCUUUUGCACCUGCUCUUAAACAACUCUACGCUUCACAAACACUUUAUCUGAAUGAGUUAAAAGUCCACGCAGUUAAAUCUCCUUUAAUUACACAGUGUGAUGAACGGGGAAAGAAGUCACACUGUCGCGCUGUUUCAUCACCACUGAUCCAAACAGUGAAAGCCAGGCUGCAAAAACAUGUUGCAAUCUUUCUGAGAGUCUUCAAUACUGUUUGUGUUUUGCGUGGCAUCAGAAACGAGUUCACGCCAGGACGAUGUCGGUCUGCGUUGCAAAUUAAUUAUCAAGCUCAGCUUAGGCACAUGAUGGUAAUCUUUUUAAACUAGGAUACAGUGUAACCACUAAUGCCAAUAACCUCAAGUGUCCUUGUGUUAAAAUAGCAUUACUGAUUUGUCAUCAAAGGCUUUUACUGUUUACUGAUGGAGCUCUCUUUGACUGUAGUACUCUCGUCCCCUCUGGCGUUGAGAUACUCCAACUUCAGAGGUUUUUCUACCAUUUUUGCAAUUACACAUCAUUAUGUUGUUUUUAAUCAUUUGAAAUGUUGCUUCUAGCUCGAACAUUUUUAUUAUUCUUUUUUUUUUUCCAAAAAUCUGCACCUCAGAAAAAUGUAUCAUCGUGUAUGUAAUAAAGCUUACAGAAGGCUUAGGGUUUAGGCUGCUGAGUUGAACCACAGGAAGUCACUUGUUCUUCCACACGCUUUGAGUCUUGAGAAACAAGACAUGGAAAAACGUUUCAACAGUUGACACUUUGAAGGAGCUUAUUGAUGGUUGUAAACGUGAUGCGAGGAGUGGCCAGUGGUCAUUCAUCACGUCACACUCUUGACAUGGCCUCAUGGCAGUGAGGAGUUUGACUUUGUAAGCACCGCUAUUUGGUGCUGCAAUCACAGUUAGCAGUGAUUCCUUCUUAUGGAGUCCUCGUUAUAUUGUUAGAAAUAUUAUAUUUUUAAAAAGAAAAGUUAAGCUUGAUACUGUAAAGAGGGAAUAUCAAAUGAAGGUAAUUCAUUAGAACAAUAUUGUGCCUUUAUAUCAACAGAUGCAUUACAUUUUGCUUUAUGCUGUUUAAUCAAUACAUUCAGCAAAGAUAAUACUGAAUUCAUUCAGAACCUGCUUGUUGUGAUUCAUUUUCUGUUCUUUUUCAUGAAAAUGUUUGAAUGUAUACAUACUAAAGAACAUUUACCAAACAUGCUCACCUAAAGCCAUCACACACAGGACUACUGACCAACACUUUUGGAGUCUUAACCAGUGUCUUAUGUCUAAUAAAAUGUCUUCAUAUCAA